GCCGCGCAGCUCCCCCUUGCCUCCUCCCGUCCACUAGCCCGCAGCUCCCCCGUGCCUCCUUCAGGUUCUCUCCCCCCGCCUUCAUCCACACUUGUGGACUAAAUGUCUACUCUUUCUCCAUUAAUUCGUACCGGUCGGCGUACUCCGGCGGUUGACCACCAUGCCCUCGCACGCGCAAAUCUCCUCCGCCUCCUCCCCGUCCUCCCCCGCUACCUACUCCCGGUCCUCACCCUCGGGCGUGAAUCCUCACAUCCACUACACUGGCCAAAAAGUUGAUGCUUUUGAGGUGGCGUGGUGAGUGGCUCCUCCACCACGGAUUCGCCCCAGAGCAGCGGCGGGGGUCCGUUGCUCGUGCCGUGGCGCUCGAUCUGGAGGGCAUGGGGACUAACGCGGCAGGACGCCCGUCGAUGAUGCUUCGCUGCUUCUCUGGUGGCUCUUCACCAUGUCCGGUCGCCAAGCAGCACUGGUUCCUCGUCUUCGGCCAGUUCGCGGCUGCGAUGCAGAAGUUAUCUCAGUUGGAUGAUCGGAAGAAAGAUGAAGAGGCCCAAAUGCGCGGUCAGAGAAACGGGAGCAACACCUUCUUCAUCAGGGGAGGACGACGGGCAACAGUUCAGGACGGUGGUGAGCAACAGAGCAGCACGUUCUUGUUCAGGCGACGAGCAGGGACGUGGACGAGCUGAGUCGCGGCCGCGGAGCAGGGAGCAGCGGCGCAGAGA